AUGUCGCAGGGACAAGAGUCCCACCAUUUCUGGAAUCCUGCAGCUGCAUCUGCAUCCGGCGGCAAAUCUUUAGCUUUCAAAUCCGCCGUGAUGUUGACGACGACAUUUACAGCACUUGCAGUGGUGUCUUUAGUUGUCGAGCCGCUGUAUGGAGACUACUUGGUUGAGCAGUUUAUGAAGGACACGCACGCAACAGAAAGCAAUGUUCCCAAUGUUCCGAAUGUGCUCUUCCCUGACGACUGGCGAUACAGAGGGCGGCGCUGGCCACAGCUCCUCUUUCUCACGCAGCAAGAGACCGAGUUUGCACGGCGAAUGAUGUUCGCUUUGAUCAUUGGUGCAUUGCUGGGCAUUGAGAGACGUGAGUCAAAUCGAGGAGCUGGUGUGCGCACUAUGAGCCUGGUGUCGCUGGGCGCCUGCAUUUUCACAAUUGGCUCCAUCUAUGCCUUUGAGGCUGGGACGCAGACAUGGGAUUCAUCCCGGGUUGCUGCAGCUUUGCCGUCGGGAGUAGGCUUCUUGGGCGGUGCCUUGAUUUUCAAAGAUUCCGGGCAGAUCAAGGGCCUUACAACCGCCUGCGGUGUUUGGCUCGCUUGCGCCGUGGGAAUGUGCUGUGGCGGUGGAAUGUACUUCGUUGCCUUCUUUGGCGUUGCCGGUGUUGUGGCCAUGCUUCGCUUCGGACCGAGAUCGCCCAUGCCGGAAGAUGAGGCGGAGAUGCCAGCGCCUGCCCCCAAAGAGAGCCCGUCACUUAUUGAAGGGUUGGACCACCCACUUGUCCGCAAAAGGUCGCUCACAUCAGGCCCCAAAACUCUGAUAGUCGGGGAUGAGUAG